CUCCCGCGGCCCCGUUAAAGCGCCCGCGGGGCAGCCCCGGCGCCCACGGCGGACGCGCUCCACGAUGAUGCUGCAGCUGCUGCUCCUCGCCGCGCUCGCCCUGUGCGGGCGCUGCUCCGAGCUGGAUGUCGAUGGCGUGCAGCGGGUGGUCGGCGGCACCGAGGCGCGCUCGCACGCCUGGCCCUACCAGAUCUCCCUGCAGUAUUACUCCAGCGGCAGCUGGCACCACACCUGCGGGGGCUCCCUCAUCCAGAGGAACUGGGUGAUGACCGCCGCCCACUGCGUCAACAAGCAAUUGCAGUACCGGGUGGUGGCCGGCGAGCACAACCUCAACGUCAACGACGGCACCGAGCAGGUCUUCAGCGUCAGCAAGAUCGUCGUGCACCCCUACUGGAACAGCAACAACGUGGGCGCGGGCUACGACAUCGCCCUGUUCCGCCUGAGCACCUCCGCCACCCUGAACAGCGCCGUGCAGCUGGCGGUGCUGCCCCAGCAGGGCAUCGUCCUGCCCAACAACUACCCCUGCGUCAUCACGGGCUGGGGCCUGACCCGCAGCAACGGGCAGCUGUCCAGCGUCCUGCUCCAGGCCUCCCUGCCCGUCGUGGACUACCAGAUCUGCUCCAGCGCGUCCUACUGGGGCUCCCUGGUCAAGAACACCAUGGUGUGCGCCGGCGGCGACGGCGUGCGCUCCGGCUGCCAGGGCGAUUCCGGCGGGCCCCUGCACUGCGCCGUCAACGGGCAGUACCAGGUGCACGGCGUCACCAGCUUCGUGUCCAGCCAGGGCUGCAACGUGGCCCGCAAACCCACCGUGUUCACCCGCGUCUCUGCCUACGUCUCCUGGAUCAACAGCGUGAUCGCCCAGAACUGAGCCCAGCCGGACAAGCGCUCGCUGCCCCCGGCCCGUGGCCAUCCCCUGACCUCCCCCCGCCGCGCUCCGGCCUUUUCGCACCCGAGCCGGCCUCAAUAAAAUCUCUCCUCCCGUC